AUGCAAAAGCCACGACUUUGCGUGCCGCCGGCAGGGGUCGAACCUGCGACCUUGGGCUUAUUAGACCCACGCUCUAACCGACUGAGCUACGGCGGCUCUGCUAAUAAGGAGAGUGGUUAUAGUAGUGAUAAUAGUGACACUGUCGCAGCAAUGAUGAUUGGUAAUGGUGAUUGUGAUGAUGGUGUUCAUGAGUGA